AUGUUGUACUACGGCGCUCGUGUCGUGUUUUUUCUCCGCAGGCCGCACCCACGCCGAUGGUCCCUGGAGGAAGAUGAGCGCUUGCGCGCCGCGGUGGAGCGGUACCACGGGACGAACUGGAAGGAGAUCGCGGCGGAGGUGAAGACUAGAAAUCACGUGCAGUGUCUUCAGCGGUGGAAGAAAGUGCUUACGCCGGGGUUGGUGAAAGGCCAGUGGACGCCUGAAGAGGAUCAGCUCCUCGUGUCCAUCGUGAACGAAGGCCAUAAGAACUGGGGUAGCCUUAGCGCGAGGAUUCCUGGAAGAACAUCAAAGCAGUGUCGAGAGCGAUGGUGCCACCAUCUGGAUCCAAGGAUCGUCAAAGGUGGCUGGACCGAAGCAGAGGACCAAAUGAUCAUCUUGUUGCAGCAGCAGAUGGGGAACAAGUGGGCACAGAUAGCCCAGCACCUCGACGGACGCACGGAGAACGCGACCAAGAUAAGAUGGAAAAUCUUGGAGCGAGAGAUGAAGAAGGAGGAAGAGAGGCACGAAGACAAGGAAACGAGUUCGAGAGGGGCUUCGAGCAGGCCAAAGAGACCAGAUGCCCGCCUGCGCUGUCUCGCCGCUCAGGCGGCUACAUCUGCCUUGUCAAAGACUCAAAGCUCCCUUGGCCCCGUUGGGGUCCCAAAGGGCUUCGGCGCUGCGGAUGCCCCCAAAGCAGCGUCUUCGAUAACGAUAGGGGCGCCUGCAGCCGGCAGGGGGGGGCAGAAGGGGGGGGGCAACACCAGCAACAGCAAGGAGGAAAUACCAGGCAGAAGAAUCCAAGCACCGCCUGCGUCAACGGCCGUUGAGGGGGGAGGGAGCGACAAGCACGCAGGGCGGCGAGCGUGGUUGUCCGAGGAGGACAAGCGGUUGAAAGAGGCGGUGGAAGAACUAGGGGAGAAGAACUGGAGGGAAGUCGCCGACCACGUGCGCACGCGCAAUCAUAUCCAAUGCCAGCAAAGAUGGAAAAAGGCACUUAGGCCGGGCCUGGUGAAGGGCGCCUGGGGGGUCGAGGAGGACAAGAAGCUCGUCAUGCUCAUUGAACAGGGCUUCAGCAACUGGAGUGAGCUAGCCUCCAACACAGGCCGAACAGCCAAGCAGUGUCGAGAGCGGUGGUGUCAUCACCUGGACCCAAGCGUUCGCCACAGCAGCUGGACUGCGGACGAGGACGCCUUGCUGCUCGCUGUCGAGGCUCGCCUGGGAACGAAGUGGGCAGCGAUUGCGAGAGAGAUUCCCGGCCGAACGGAGCACGCGGUCAAAGGGAGGUUCAAGACCCUUUCCCGGGAAAAACGCCUGGGCAAGGCAGGCUCGCAGCAGGGGGGGCGAAUCAGCAUAGGCCCGGUCCCGUGGGAGCCAGCAGCAGGACCAAAUGUGCCAAAUGGGAAGGCGGACCGCAUUACGCCGUUGACGGGCAUGCUCCCGCGGGGGCCCCGCGUACCGGGAACAGCCCGCCCCUCCAGCAUGGCGAGCGGCCCCGUGUCUGCGAAAGACCUCGCGCCGGCGGGCGGGAAGGGCGAACCUCCUCCCACCGAAAGUGCCGCCGUUGUUGCGGAGGCGAGGGUGCCCCGUGAACGCGCUCUCCACCGUCGGCAGCGGCACCAGCAACAACAACAGCAACAGCAACAGCACCAACAGCACCAGCAGGGUGUCGGUGAUAUCCCGGAGCCCCCGAAGCUACCCCUGGGCCUUCCACUUCCCGUAAGCACGGCGGCAGCGGCAGCAGCGGCAGCGGCGGCAGCGGCUGUGGCUGCCACUGAUACCUGUCCACCAGCCGAUCAAGUAGCGGAGGCGGCGGCGGCGGCGGCGGCGGCCGUGGCGGCGGUGGAGGCGGGUGUUCCAUGCCCCACGCCGCCUAGCAGAGAUGGGCCAUCGAUCGCGCGGUUGCUGUCCAUCAGCAGCGGCAAGACGGACUCGAGCCUGCCGGAAGUCACCUCCGGGUACUGCGGGCGUCGACACAAUGCCAACGCGGGCGUCAAGAGCCUGGCGCCGCCUAAGCGAAGCAAUCACGCAGAGCCCGCAUUGCCCGGUGCACCCCUGGGAACGGACGAGAGAUCUCAACUGGCACCUCUUCGCAAGUGCGCGGCACCAUCUCUAGCCAGAGCGGAGACCGUCAGCAAUAGAAUCGACUACUCCGAUCUCGCCUCGGUUCUCAUGGACGGCGGCUUCGACGCGUGCAAGGACGGAGCGGAGGUGAGAAGCGAGGCCGUAAGUCUCGGCGAAGACCCUUACAGCGACUACGCUCUCUCGGCGGAAAGCGACAUCUUCCUCGGGCCGUACCACCGCAGCACCGGUAGCAGCAGCAGUGCUCCCGCCACCGAGCCCAGCCGCCGCGGGUCUUCCCAAAUAGAGCAGGACAAAGGGCUCGCGGUUUUCGACGGGAUUGUCGACCAGUCUGAUGCCACGGAAGGGCUUGAAGCCUCGGUCUUGGACGUGGAUGUAGAGGACCCGUACUAUUACUACUUCUGA